AUGAAAGAUUUCUUUCUUUCAAUCUAUCUUUUUUCUUUCUGGAUUUUAUCCAAUCUUUUUAUCUUUCUAUUACUUAUCAAAACUAUCUCUCUAUUUAUCAAAAACCUCUCUAUCAAUUAUUUAGCAAAACUAUCUCUCUAUUUAUCAAAAUUCUCUCUAUCAAUUAUUUAUCAAAACUCUAUCCAAUUCUCUUUUAUGAAAAUUCUAUUCCACUCUGCUUCUGCUAUUUAUCCAAAAUUCUUUUUCUUUCUUUCGACCAAUAACUCUUUUAUUCUUUUUGGUUUUUAUCUUUCAUUCUUUUUUCUGCUGUUUAUUCAACAUUUCCUUCUUGCUGUUAUUAAUUCAUUAUUUCCUUCCUUGUUUCUGCUAACUAUGCAAUAUUUCGUUCUUUCUGUCGUUUAUGCAAUAUUUGUUUCUUUCUUUGUUGCUGCCAUUUAUGCAAUAUUUUUUGUUUCUUUCUAUUUAUCCAUUCCUACUUUUUUCUUUCUUUCUGCUGUUUAUGCAGUCUUUCUUUCUUUAUAUUUAUCUAUCUAUAUAAUCUGUCCUCGUUUCCUUUCUUUUGAUCUUACACCAGAAAAUGAAUCAAGCAAGCUAUCUUUCUUUAUAUUUAUCAAACGUCUUUCUUUCAUUCUUUAUUCUGCUAUGUAUGCAAUAUAUCUUUCUUUCUGCCACUUAUUCCAGUUGUUGAUGUUUCUUUCUUCCUUUCUGCUACAUAUUCACUGUUUGUCUUCAUUACUUAUUGUCAUUCUGCCAUCUAUUCAUUCUUUUCUUUCAUUUCUGCCACCUAUCAAAUUCUUUCUUCCUUUCUUUUCGCCAUCUAGUCAAACUCGUCUUUCUUUUUGCCAGCUACUCACUAGUCAAUCUUUUCUUUAUUUUUUCUUUCUUUCUGCCAUCUUGUCAAUCCUCUCUUUCUUUAUUCUUUCUGUCGUCUUGUCAAUCCUCCCUUUCUUUAUUCUUUCUGUCGUCUUGUCAAUCCUCCCUGUCGUCUUGUCAAUUCUUUUCUGUCGUCUUGUCAAUCCUCCCUUUCUUUAUUCUUUCUGUCGUCUUGUCAAUCCUCCCUUUCUUUAUUCUUUCUGUCGUCUUGUCAAUCCUCCCUUUCUUUAUUCUUUCUGUCGUCUUGUCAAUCCUCCCUUUCUUUAUUCUUUCUGUCGUCUUGUCAAUCCUCCCUUUCUUUAUUCUUUCUGUCGUCUUGUCAAUCCUCCCUUUCUUUAUUCUUUCUGCCAUCUAGUCAAUCCUUCCUUUCUUUAUUCUUUCUGCCAUCUAGUCAAUCCUUCCUUUCUUUAUUCUUUCUGCCAUCUAGUCAAUCCUUUCUUUCUUUAUUCUUUCUGCCAUCUAGUCAAUCCUUUCUUUCUUUAUUCUUUCUGCCAUCUAGUCAAUCCUUUCUUUCUUUAUUCUUUCUGCCAUCUAGUCAAUCCUUUCUUUCUUUCAUUCCGUCAUCUAGUUAAUCUUUCCUUCUGCCAUAUAGUGAAUCUUUCUUUUGUCUGUUUCUUUCUCUUCUGCCAUCUAGAUAAUCUUUUCCCUUUCUUUCUGCCAUCUAGUCAUUCUUUUUUCUUUUUUAUCUUCUCUUUUCAUUUCUUUUUUCCUUUCUCUCUGCCAUCUAGAAAAUCUUUUCUUUCUUUCUCUCUUUUCUGCGAUCUCGUCAGUUUUUUCCUUCUUUCAGUCAUCUAUCAAUCUUUUCUUUCUUCUUUCUCUUUGUUUCUGCCGUUUAGUCAUUCUUUUUUUUUCUUUCUUGCCUCUAUCCAAUUUUUCAUUUUUUUUUUUUCAAUCUGCCAUCUAAUAUUUUCAUUAUCUCUUUAUUUUCUUCUUCAUCUCUCCAAUCUUUUUUCUCUUUUUCUUUCUUUCUUCCGUUUAUUUAAUAUUGUUUCUGUAUCUGUUUUGUUUCUUUCAUCUCUCCAAUCUUCUUUCUUUUUUACAUGUAUUCAAUUUUCUUUUUUCUUUCUUCCAUCUAUCCAAUCUUUUUUCUUUUUCUUCCUAAAUCUAUCCAAUAUUUGCUUUUCUCCUUUUUUUUACUUAGACCUAUCCAAUGUUUUCUUUCUUUCACUUCUGUCCAAUAUUUUUCUUUUUCUUUCAUUCUUUUUGCUAUCUAUCGAAUCUUUUAAUUCUUCCUUUUUGUCAUCCAUCUAA